AUGUCUACGGAAUUAUGCGACUCUGGUAUAUUUAGCAAUGAGGAUUGUGCUUUACUAUCUCAAUUAGAUAGCUUGGAGUUUGGUGUUUUUAAAGUUGACGCUCCUGAGUCACACGAACGUCGCAAACUAUUAGAAAAGGCCGUCGAUUACUUUGAUAGUAUAAUCUCUCAGACUGUUCUAGAAAUCGAGGAAGAGCGUGCUGUGGAGGAAAGCGAAACUCUCACCAAAGUCGAAGCGGGUAUUAUAGAGGAAAAUCCGAACUCAGUGCGAUACAAAAUAUAUGAAAAAUACUCAGGACAGCUCGAUAAACUUAUUGAACCACAAGUUUAUCUACAUCUUGGUCAUUUUCAGCUUCUGCUCAAUCGUUUUGACGAUGCUCUGUCUGCGUAUCUCAAGUUUGAAUCACUCUGUCCCAAAGAAUCUUCGACCAACUGUCCCUUCCUGUAUGGCUUAGGCCUGUGCUGUUUUCGUUUCAACGUAUUCAACAGGACUAUCAGACUUUUUCAGCAAAUUUUAUAUUUACAACCGUGGUUUCCAAAGUGUAAGGAGAUACAUAUUCGUCUUGGCUAUAUAUACAAGGUACAAAAUAACUUCGAACGAAGUUUGAGACAUUUUCGACAAGCUUUGAACGAUUCAACACCUGCCACAUUUAACCGGAUUGAAUUACGGUUUCAUAUCGCUCAUCUGUUCGAGGUGUGUGGCAAACCUAAACAGGCAAAGACCGAAUACUUCCAGUUAUUGGAUGUUGAGAAAAGCGGUGCUCCGUCACACAUCCGACAUCUUUGUCUUCGACAAUUAGCUUGGCUUCAUCAUACAGGAGCUUUUGGAUCAAAACCUGAAUCGCCAAACGAAAAAGGCCUAGAUGUUCAAUGGCUUCAAAGUGCUUUAGAGUUAGAUAACACCAAUGGCAAAACCUGGUACUUACUAGGUCGUUGUCAAGCUGCUUUAAAUCAUGUUCAAGAGGCUUUCGCAGCAUAUAGAAGUUCUAUAGACAAAACGGAGGCUAGUGCUGAUACCUGGUGCUCUAUCGGUGUGCUGUAUCAAGAGCAAAGUCAACCGAUGGAUGCUCUUCAAGCAUACUUUUGUGCUGUACAACUGGACAAGUGUCAUGUUGCAGCUUGGGCCAAUCUGGGUACUUUAUAUGAAAGUAUGCAACAGUAUAAAGAAGCCUUAAAAUGUUACAAAAAUGCUGUAAACGCUGAUAAGCAUAAUGAGGUUCGUCUAGAGAUUCGUUCUCGUUUGGCUGUACUACAACAGUUAGUUCCAAAACUAUCAGAUAAAAUAACAGGAAGCACAUUUAAUGGUCCGAACAACAAUAGUGUAACAUCUAACCAGGUCAGCAAUGGUCCUGGUCCUGGUUGUGGUGGAAUAACGAAAUUACCCACAGUAGAUGAGGCAUGGAGCCUGCCUAUACCUGCUGAACUAACCCAGCGUCAACUUCAGUUAAUGUUACAAGAGGCAGCUGUCAGUGAUGCUGGGAGUGGUUCGUCUAAGCGUUCUGAUAGGCACUUAGCUGGUCUUUUGUUAAUCCCAACUCCCCAAUCAGUCCUUAGAAAACGUAGUAGUUGGCGCCAGUCUGGUUUCAACGGUCCAUGUGAAACUGAAGGAACUGAUGAGUGUGGAGGGUCUAUAUCCAAAAGAUCACGUCAUAGUGAUCCAUCCUCUUCAACACCUGUCCAACCAUUAAGCAAUCAGCAACUUCAACUAUUACAUUCCCUGCAGGCUCAGGGUAGUUGCCUAACUGCCUCACAACGUCAAACUCUUAAUAAUUUACAAAACCAAGCAUUGAGAUAUCAUCAUUACAAACUUAUACAAAAUCAGAAACAAUUGAAAACAUGUAAAUCGGGCAGUGAUUUUGCCGAUGAGGCAGUUUCAACUUCUGAUUCGGCUGGACCAUUUCACGGGGAUACUACUACUACGACAGGUAGUUCUAGCGCUGGUCGUAAUCCAUCCAAUGUACCUGGUGCAGAUACAGUGGAUUUAUUUCCCAGUGAGGAUGAUGAUUUAACCGCUGUUGUUGAUAGUCCUGGAUCGGGUAAUUUACCUGAAGAAGAUUUAGGGUUUUUGACGGAUGACCUGCUUGCUCAGUUAAAUGGAUCUGAAGCAGCUACUGGAUUGGAUCUUGUUGAGUUAGCUCUUUUUACUACUGGCUCUAGUGCUGGUGAUCAGCGGCCUACAAGUAAUAAUGAUAAUAACCAGGUUUUAAUAAAUGAAAAACCUUGUCAAUCGAAAUGUGGUGAUUCUUCUACAUCUGGUCCAACUUCUACAACUCCAACUAAUCCACCAAAGACGAUUAAUUUAAAUGCAGCCAAAAAGGAUGAAAUUGACAUGAAAAAUUGCUUAACUCAAGAACUUGGUAUUGACCCCCUUAUCAAUUCUUCAGAUAAUCCAUCUUCAGAACCUGUAGAUUUGCAUGCUUACUUAACCAAACCACUAAACCCACCGACUAGUAUUACUGCAGCUCUGCAUGUCAAUAUGUCUUCUUCUCAAAUCUUGUCUUCGCUUCGUGGUCUUGGCCAUUCAGGUGGACCUUGGUGGCCUGGCUUACUACCGGAAGGUAGUCCUAUCCCGAAACCUCCUGCGAAACCGUAUCCACCACCUCCUAAAGAUAAGCUGCUGCCCCCCACACCAAGUGUUUAUUUGGAAAAUCGCAAUGAUGCUCAUUCACCUGAAUUAAUGCGCUACUGUUUUACACAACCAGUAGUUGUAAUACGUGGUUUAGCUGCUGCUUUGCGCCUGGAUUUAGGUUUAUUUUCUACAAAAUCAUUGGUUGAAUCCAACCCAGAACAUCGAGUUGAAGUACGAACCCAACGUCUUCAAUCGCCUGAUCAGAACCUUGAUUCUCAAGGACGUACUGUAUGGCUUUGUGAAUCACCGAAAACUACCACAACAAUUGCUAAAUAUGGUGCUUAUCAAGCUGCUUCAUUUAUUGAAGCAAUGAAAGAAGAGAAAAUUGUGAAUUUUUCCGGCAGUGCACCAGUUACUUCUACUCCAACUUCUAACACAAUAUCCGCUAUAUCAGUAGACACCAAAUCGUCUACCGGCAGCUUAUCAAAUGCUGUAACGGGAAGUGGACGGAAAAAUUCUACUAAUUGGUCUAGCGAAUCAACAAAUUCAGAAUUAAAUGCAAAUCAACCUCAUCAUGUGGGAAAUAAAUUAUCUGGUGAUGAAAAUCAUUCAUUAUCAAAUCAACAGAAUAAUGGACGAUUGAAAUUAAUACGUUUUGGAACAAAUUGUGAUCUUUCAGAUCAGAAAAAGUGGUUACCUCAACUCCAUGAACUUACUAAAUUGCCUAUAUUUGUUCGAGUUGUAAGCGCUUUCAGCAUGCUCAGUCAUGUAGGCUAUCCACUUUUAGGAUUGAAUACUGUUCAACUUUAUUUGAAAGUCCCUGGUUCUCGUACUCCUGGUCAUCAAGAAAAUAAUAAUUUCUGUGCUGUUAAUAUUAAUAUUGGUCCAGGUGAUUGUGAAUGGUUUGCCGUACCGGAGCAAUAUUGGGGAGCUAUUCAUAAUUUAUGUGAAAAGAAUAAUGUUGAUUAUCUAACUGGUUCUUGGUGGCCAGAUCUAGAAACAUUGUACAAGGAAGAGAUACCAGUUUACAGGUUCAUUCAACGACCUGGAGAUUUAGUAUGGAUCAAUGCAGGUACAGUUCAUUGGGUACAAGCUAUUGGUUGGUGUAACAAUAUAGCAUGGAAUGUUGGAUGUAUGACUGCUCGACAAUAUCAACUCGCUGUUGAACGUUAUGAAUUCAACCGUUUACGUGGGGUUAAAUCUGUUGUACCUAUGACACAUCUUAGUUGGCAGUUGGCUAAAAAUAUAAAAAUAUCAGAUCCGGGAUUGUUUGAAUUAAUCAAGCACACAUUGCUUCGUAGUCUUAUUCAAUCUCAGUUGACUACGGAUUUUCUGGAGAAGAUGAAUUUAACUGUUAAACAUCACGGGAAAAGACCUGAUGAUAUUGCUCAUUCCUGUCAUGAUUGUGAGGUUAGCGAAAUUGUUUUUAAUUUAUUACCCUAUACUAUUUUGUUAAAUAUAAAGUGUUUAGAAGAGUGA